AUGGAUACCUUCGAUCCCUCGAAGCAGUCUUUCGACAUUACUACCGCCAAUGGGGCCGCCCUGUCCAUAAACGUCUCCUCGCUUGACAGGAACUAUCACGAGAUGUUCGGCAUCAGUAUCAACUACGGCUCGCAAAUCGGCGCAUCCUUCAUAAUGCUCAUCGUCGUCCUCACAUUGAACCCCAAAGUCAAGUUCUUCAAGAUGUGCACGAUCCUUCACAUUGCUUCUCUCAUCUCUAAUAUCAUCCGCAUGGUCCUCUUAUCCAUCUACUUCCCGUCUAAGUGGACCGAGUUCUACACCAUGUUCUCGGGCGACUAUUCGCGGAUAACAGAAACGGAUAUGCGCAAUAGCGUUGCGGGAACGAUUUCCUCUUACAUCGUCGUCGUUUUUGCCCAUGCCUCGCUUAUUGUCCAAUCUUGGACGAUAGUGAAGCCCUGGUCUCUGAGGGUCAAGUGGAUCGUCUGUACCCUCUCGCUGGCAGUCUGCCUCACGACGAUAGGGUUUCGUCUGGCGUUUUGCAUAUUCCAAGUCAGGGCGACUCUUGCCAUGAAAAGCGCUAGCGAUGCCCGGUGGGUGGCUGGUUAUAGCAUCAUCCUCGACGCCUUAUCGAUCUGCUGCUUCUGUGCACUUUUCAAUGUGCAGCUCGUUACCCAUCUUGUGAAGCAUGGGAAAUUCCUUCCUUCCAAGAAUGGAAUUAAACCCUUUGAGGUGUUAAUCAUGGCAAAUGGUCUUCUAAUGAUCAUACCGGUCAUCUUCGCAUGUCUCGAGUGGUCCACGUUCGUCAACUUCGAGGCCGCCUCACUCACCUACACGUCUGUUGUCCUUAUCCUCCCUCUCGGCACCCUCGUCGCCCAUCGGCUCACUGACCGAUCCGCCCAGCGUUUGCCUAAUGAGAACGAGUCUCACCAGCCUCAUCGCCAUGUGCACUGGAUCCGCACCUGGAUGGGCAGACCCGGCGACAGACACCUGAGCAUUGCUGAUAGUGACCCAACUUCACGUUCUGUCACACCGCUCCAUAAAACCAGGGAGGGUAACACUUUGGAGGAUACUGGUCUAAAAUAUGUUGAGGCGGAAGGGAAGGUUUUUAAUCAUCAUGCCUUAGAGGCCGGGAACUUGUCAAUUAUGGGCUCGGGGAGUAGGGCUGAUUGA